GCCUGUUUUGUUUGGGCCGUCGCUCUCAGCGUCUCCGCGAGGGCGAGGGAUACGCCGCCGCCGCCGCCCGCCGACUUCUCCAUUCCUAAACCUCCACCACUAACCUAACCCCCUUCUCUUUCCGCCGCCGGACGCCGGCGAGUACCGGCCGGAUUCUUGGCUCGGCCAUCUUGCCUGCCUCGCUGCUACCUGCUCGUUGUGUGGAAGAACCUCUCUUCCAAGGGAAGAGUAGAGGGAGGCAGGGAGGGGAUGGGGGAGGAGGUGCAUCUGGGCUUGCCGGGGCCCUGGGCGGAGGACUACCGGGAGAAGGCCGAUCACUACACCACCAAGAUCGGUGGAGUCCCCGACUGGCCAACCGAGGAUAUGGGCAUUAAACCUCACUUGCUCCAAUGCGGUUUAUGUGGAACCAAGUUGUGCCUUGUUGCUCAGGUUCAUGCUCCUGUGGCAAAGUUCAACAUUGAGAACAGGACUAUCUAUGUGCUUGUUUGUCCGAAGCCAAAAUGUGGGACGAACCCGCAAAGUUGGAAGGUCCUAAGAGUCCAAAAGUGCCACACCAGUGCACAAACAGAUGGCAAGGUUGACGAAACAGAUCAAAUAAACGGAAAUGUUUGCUCAAGUGAGCCUUCUUCUUCAAGUUUACUGAACAAGAGCCAUGAGGUCAGUGAUGAUGAUUUCGAUCUAGAUGCCUUAGCCAAUGCACUUGAGGAAGCAGCGACUUUAGCAUCUAACUCAAAGAAGCAAAACAAACCAAAGCGUAGUAAUGCCCCUAUAAAAUGCCCUGUAGGAAAGCAGAAAGUGGAUGAUCCAAGCUUACCAGUUCUUCCUUGCUUCUACAUCUAUUAUGGUAAGGAGCAAUUUAGAGACAAAGGCAGUGUAGGUUCAAAUAGCAGCAAGUCAGUUUUAGCGAAAGAAAUUGCAGAUGUAGCAAAUGACGAAGAAGAGAAAUGGGAAGGAGAAAACUAUGAAUAUGACAGAGCUAUUGGUGCUGACAGAACGUUCUUAAAAUUCAAGAAACGGUUGGAUGCAUAUCCGCAGCAAUGCUUUAGGUAUUCUUAUGGUGGUAAGCCACUGUUGGCUGCAACAAACCUUCAAGAUUCUGGCACAUGCCAGCUUUGUGGUUCACCACGCCAAUAUGAGCUACAAUUGAUGUCUCCAUUGUCAUAUUUCCUCCAUGAAGCUGGUGAUGGUUCCUCAGAUUAUGCACCUGAUGGCUGGACCUGGCUGACUCUUAUCAUAUACACCUGCUCAAAGAGCUGCUGCCCAUCCUCCUGUGUUGGAAAGCCAGGCAGCUGCUGCUGGGGAGUAGCAGAGGAGGAGAUAAUGAUUCAGGAGGAUUAAAGUCCUCCAGUGCCUACAAUGUUGAGAAACCAAACCAUUCCUGGUUUGAGUGCGUGAUGUGCGUUUUCGAAUGCUCUUUUCCAGUCGUUGAGGUCGUAAAGCUAUCUGUAGUUCAUAGGAGGCGAUCUACUAUACGUGUUCUUGUUGACAUUCCCUGUUUCAGAUUCUUUUAAAUCAUGUAUUCCUGUUGUUUGUCUGGGUUGUCAACUCCAAUGAGGGAGAACAUGUCAAGCACUUGGUCGUUUCUGUAGUGUGAUCCUUUGUACUUUGUAGCAUAGUGUUGCCUUGUCAAUCCCAGCCAUAUAUUUCCUGUCUUGGUCUGGAACCUUCUCAGAUUUGUUUGGUAGAGCUUAAUAUAUAAUCAUAGUACUACUGGGUUGAUACUUUGAUUAAUACACCUAUUGUGAGUGAUAAAAAGGACCGAUGCCUAUGCAUAAUA